AGCCCCGCCCAUCCAGUACCAGGAAGCGGCCACCGCGCGGGGCCGUGAGGACCCGCGGGUUCUUCCGGGCGCGGCCCCCCGAGCGCCCUCCAGGCUCCCGGCGCGGCUAUGCCGCGGAGCCUGCGGAGCUGGCUGGGCGGCUGCCUCCUUAUGUCAGCGUUAGGAAUGGUGCCACCUCCUGAAAACGUCAGAAUGAAGUCAGUUAAUUUCAAGAACAUUCUACAGUGGGAGUUGCCUGCUUUUCCCAAAGGGAAUCUGACUUUCACGGCUCAGUACCACAGUUAUAAGAAAUUCCAAGCUAUGUGCACGAGGACUGCCUUGACGGAAUGUGAUUUCUCAAGUCUUUCCAAGUAUGGUGAUCACACCUUGAGAGUCAGGGCUGAAUUUGCCGAUGAGCAUUCUGACUGGGUAAACAUCACAUUCUGUCCAUUGGAUGACACCAUGAUCGGACCACCUGAAAUGCAAGUAGAAGUACUUGCUGAUUCUUUACACAUGCGUUUCUUAGCCCCUAAAAUGGAGAAUGAGCCUGAAACAUGGACAAUGAGGAAUAUUUAUAACUCAUGGGUUUAUAACGUGCAAUAUUGGAUAAAUGGUUCUGAUGAAAAGUGGCCAAUGACCUGUCAAUAUGACUUUGAGGUCCUCAGAGAUCUUGAGCCAUGGACAACUUACUGUGUUCGAGUUCAAGGGUUUCUUCCUGAUCGGAACAAAACUGGGGAAUGGAGCCAGCCUGUGUGUGAGCGAACAGCCGACGACGAGACAGCCCCACCCUGGACUGUGGCCGUGGUCCUGGCAGUGUCCUUGUGCGCAGCCCUCUUGCUGCUUGGCUGCUCGGCCCUGCUGUGGUGUUUGUACAAGAAGACCAGACACGCCUUCUGCCCAGGGAACUGCCUGCCGCAGCACCUGAAAGAGCAGGAACCUCUGAAACCUUGUAACAAAAGGAGCUCAUCCCGGAUCUGUGACGAGAGAUAGGGUGGAUCCUGCUGCCUCAUCGAAUGUCUGGAGGCCUGCCAUACUGAGGAGGAUGUGGGCAACUGACUGCUGAGCCUACAAACUUGGCAGCUAUGAAGGAAGGCAGGGACCCCACUUAUGUGGAAAAUGUCCAAGACUUCUGGGACAAGAGUGGAUUCAGCAGAUCAUCUUGUGGGUCACCACUAAGACUCUGUGGCAGAAACAUGAAGGGUCCCUCUGAGGGCAGCCAGCUGAGCCAACUUCCCCUCUUCUAGGUCCUUCCUCUUGGAGACUCUUCGUGGGAGUCUAGCCUGAUGGGAGAGGAACUCACCACACAUCCUCAUGGGGCCCCUGCCCGGUUGCCCUUAGCUGCCAAGGCAUUCUGGUUCCCUUCUCACAUCUGUGGGUGCCCAUCGUAGCCAUCUGGGGAGCAUUAGAAAAGCCAGUGCCCUGGCCUUGCCCUGACCCAUUAAUUCCGGCUCUCCGGGGGAGGGAUUCAGGCAUCACUCUUUUGUAAAGCUCCCCCAC